GCUGGCUGCAGUGAUCGAAACGUGCUGCGCUUAGGCCCACUGGUCCUUGGCUGGUGCGGGGAAAGCUGGCUCCAGAAAUGUCUAAUGCAAGAGAAAAGAAACAUGCCAAGAAAAUGAGAAACCAACCAACCAAUGUGACCUUAUCUUCAGGGUUUGGAGCUGGGGAUGAGAGAGGGGUAAAGCAUCAUAAUGGAAAUGAAAAGUCUUUCCAAUAUCAAAAACAAGAGCCUCAUUCUGGAGCUCCACAGCAUCAGCAGCCAAAAUUGACACACAUACCUUCUGAACCUUGUAUGAAUGAACAGCCUUCCAAGGGUCAGUGCAGAGGAGAGAAGGGCAAAGGACAAGCAGGAUGGAGAGGAGGGCAUCAAGGUGCUACUCGGGAAAUCCCUAAAUAUAUAACCGCGUCUACUUUUGCACGAGCCCGAGUAGCUGAAAUUAAUGCCAUGUUGAAGGCAGUGACACAGAAAUCUUCCAAUUCACUAGUGUUUCAAACUCUUCCCCGACAUAUGAGAAGAAGGGCUAUGAGCCAUAAUGUGAAACGCCUUCCCAGAAGACUUCGUGAGAUUGCUCAGAAAGAGGCUGAGAAAACAGAGCAUCAGAAGAAGGAACAUUCAAAAAAUAAAUGCCGCAAGGCUCGGAGAUGUCACUCAAACCUGCUCUCGGAAUUUAACCGGAGACAAAAAAAGAAUGUGUGGUUAGAAACUCACAUCUGGCAUGCCAAAAGAUUCCAUAUGGUGAAGAAAUGGGGUUUCUGCUUAGGGGAGAGGCCCACCAUUAAGAGCUAUAGAGCUUCCUACAGAGCAAUGACAAAGCAUUGCCUCCUUCAGGAUUUAUCCUACUACUGUUGUCUGGAGUUAAAUGGCAAAGAGGAAGAAAUACUAAAGGCACUGUCUCGAAUGUGUAGCAUAGAUGCUGGACUCACUUUUGCAGCAGUUCAUUUUCUGUCUGGAAAGCGGCAAGGCUCUUUAGUCCUUUAUCGGGCUGAUAAAUAUCCUGAAGAAAUGCUUGGGCCAAUCACAUUUAUUUGGAAACCUGAGAGGGGCACUAGUACCAUUCCUGUAAAUAGAAAAUUGUGGUUAUGGACACAUCCAACUCUCAAAGAGGACAUAUUAACUGAACUAAAAAUAGUGUGUCAGUGUGUGCAACCUCCGGAAGCAGCUGCCUCUAUUCCUGAAGUAGUUUUGACACCACAUGAAGAGAAAAGCAACAUUAAACAGACUGAGAAUUGCAGGAAAAGAAAGAGGGAUGAUGGAGAAAAAAAUACUAAUCCAGUGAAAAAAAUUGUGGGUGAUGGAACUAGAAAUCCAUCUCAACCAUAUUCUUGGACAUCUUCAACUACUGGCAUUGUGGUCAGUGAUUUGACAAUGGAGAUGAACAGAUAUCGACUAAUUGGUCCACUGUCUCACAGUAUUCUUACUGAGGCACUGAAAACUGCUUCUGUUUAUACUGAGGUAGAAGAUGCCGAGACAGUACCUCAUAGUUGGUGGGUUGAGACCUGUAAGAAUCCUGAUAUUGUAUCUGUCCAUCAUCGUCAAGAAGCCAUUUUUGAAUUGUUGGGAGGAAUAGCAACUCCAGCAGAAAUUCCAGCAGGUACUGUUCUGGGUCUGACCGUUGGAGAUCCUCGAGUAAAUUUACCUCAGAAGAAGUCCAAGGCUUUGCCCAAUCUAGAAAAAUGCCAAGAUAAGGAAAAAGUUAGACAACUUUGCCUAGAGGGUGUGCCUGUGGAGUGUGCGCAUAGUUUUAUCUGGAACCAGGAUAUAUGUAAGAGUGUCACAGAGAAUCAAAUCUCAGAAAAGGAGUUAAACCAGAUGAGAAGUGAAUUGAUGGUGCCUGGGUCACAGCUUAAUUUAGGCCACUGUGAAUCCAAGAUACCCGUACUAUUGAUCCAACAACCAGGGAAAGUAACUGGUGAAGAUCGACUAGGAUGGGGAAGUGGCUGGGAUAUCUUACUUCCCAAAGGUUGGGGAAUGGCUUUCUGGAUUCCCUUUAUCUAUCAUGGUGCAAGAGUUGGAGGAUUAAAAGAGGCUCUCAUGCACUCUCGGUAUAAGGGGGCACCCAGCAUCCCUGAUGAUUUCCCAGACUGCCCUGCGGGAAUUUUGUUUGCCAUAGAACAAGAAAAUAAUCUUCUGGAAAACUACAAAAGACACCCACCAGCAAAGAGGCCCAACUACAUCAAGCUUGGUACUUUGUCACCUUUCCGAUGUCCUUGGGAACAGUUAACUCGAGACUGGGAAUCAAGAAGUACAGCUCAGGCAGAGUCUCCUGUAUCUCCUUGUUCUUCGGCAAAUGCCAAGAGUGAUCCUGGGAGAGAAGACCUUUGUGAGAUGGAGGGUGAGCAGGGGCCACAGCUGUCUUGUGAUCCUGAGACUUUGAAAGACAAGCCAGGAGAGCCAGAAGAGAUGAUGGACACCGAUUCUCCAGGUGCUGCAGCGGCAGGAGACACAGCAGAUGAAGACGUACAUGGAAGUAAUGGUGGGGGAACAGAGAGCACCUUCUGUGUUCUUAGGAGUAGAAAAUUAUUGAAGUUGUUAGCAGCCUGGUGUCAGCCUGUUGCUAGAAGAAAUCGAGCAGCCCUCCGAGCUUCCAGGAUGCAUGAGCAGGAGCUGACAAGGGCAACCUGCCUGUCCAUCCUACGUGACUAUCCAAGAUCCCUGGUGUGGGUCAACCUAUCUUUGAUCAAAAAGGGAAACCCAGAGUUACACACCAUGAUCUGCAUCCCAUCGAAAGAUGAUGUCUUGAAUCUAAAUGAAGAUCGGCUUUAUUGUGGCCCUCAGGAGUCCAGACACAGCGACCCAUUCAAGGCCAAGGCACAGAAACAAAAAGAAAAGAAGAAAGUGGAGAAGGAGCAGAUACAAGAAGGAGGUGCCAUCCAAGUUGUGGCAGGAGAACAGCGCUGUGCCAUAGCAUGUGCAGAGGGAACUCCUGGUUUGUGGCCAGGUCCUCUCCCUGAAGUCACUGGCCAUUGCUCCCGGGCCCUCCUCGGAUUUGUGACACAAGGAGAUUUCUCGCUGGCUGCUGGUUGUGGAGAAGCGUUGGGGUUUGUUAGUUUGACAGGCCUGUUGGAGAUGCUCUCAGGUCAGCCGGCAGACAAGAAGGGGCUAGUUUUAUUAAGAACACCGGCAUCUCUGCAGUAUCGAUUUGCUAGAAUAAUUAUUGAUAUAUAAAUGCCAUUACAUAUGACAGCAAGGUACAAAUAGUGCCAAAGAGAACAUAGCAAGCAAAGCUACACAAUUUAAGUUUUUGCUUUUUGCCUUCCAGUAUAAAUGUCAUGUGAAAUUGCUUGAAAAAACAAGCUAAAGAUCUGCCAUAGUGUAUUAUGUAAAUGAAUGAAAAGCUAACUCAUCAUGUCAUAUGUUUACAUUACUCAGUGGUGUUGAUUUCCAUCUCUUGCCUUUUCCUUUAAAAUAUUUAAAUUCUGGCCUACAUAACUAAAGUUAUUAGUAUUCUGAUUUCUUGUUGGGUAUAUUUUUUUGCUUAGAAAUUAUUGAAAGCUAUAGUUUUCUGUCAAAGGAGCAGGAUGCUGUGCUUGAAAAGCUUUUUAGUUCAUAUGACUAGUCUAAUGUCCAUUUAAUUACUGUAAAAAAGAGACUUCUCAGUUUGAGUCUUUGUGGGACACAGAGGUGUCCCUUUGUGUAAUGUAACUGCUGAUUUGGAGCGAGAACUUACAACUACCUUACCAUGGAGAAGAAAACCAUGACAAAUUUAUGGCUGCUAUCUUGUUUCAGGGCUUAACCUGCUUAAGGAAAAAUGAGUUGGAUUAGGGUCAGAGCAGGAGCUCAAACCUGAGUUUGUAUGCCCUUUUCCCAGGCAUGACUGACCAGCAUGUGUCCUUGAGAGUCACUCAAUCUUCCUGUGCCUUGUGCAGUUUCAAAUUUUUCUCAAAGCCGUAGAUGUAUAUAGAGUUACCUACCUCAGCAGGGUGAUGGCCAAAUUGUAAGAUACUCUGAAGUUAUAAAGAUAUUCUAUGAGCCGUGUUGUGGUAUGCUUAACUGUAAUCUCAUGGAAAUGUCAGGCAGCAGAUGAAAAGGGGCGAAUUUACUGAGAAUUCCAGCAUCUCUAUACUAAUGAUCCUUAGGAAGAACAUCUGCCACUUCGCACUUGAAGAGGAACAGAUGGGUCACAAAUUAACUUUCCCUCUGCUUCCAGGACCAACCCACCCCCACCCUCCUUUCCCUCAGACUAUAUGCCCUGGCUGUCCUCCGCUGUUGGUACAGGGGCUUAGGGCAAAAUCAGGCUUGGGACCAGAUUGGAAUUUGUUUUUAUCUUGCAUUUCUAAAUUAAAUAUUAGUGCAUGUUUAUGCAGAUUUAAUUUCUGCAGUAGAAAUUGCUAAUAAGUACCUGUUGGAUGGUGGGGGGUGGGGUGGCAAGUAAUAGGGAAAGGGCAUAGCAUUGGAACGGUAUUUUAUUAGGAUUUUGAGCCAAGAAUACUCUUAAUUUCUAUCUCUGCACACCCUACACAAUUCCUUGAAUAUGUUUGUAUCCAACCAAAGUAAUAAUUUGACUCUCACUAGAUGUGUAACUGAAUAGUGUCUGUCAUAGUAAAUUAAAACCCAAAUCAUCCUAUGGUG